AUGAGCGAAAUAAGAAAACUGAAGGAAAAGCUCGAGCCCAGAACUCCAAAGCGCGUGAUUGAAGAUGAUCACGGUCUUUCAACGGAAGUGUACUCAGUAGCUUUGCCCAGGAAAGCUUCGCCUCGAAGAGUGCAAAAAACGAUUCAGCAGGAGGGAAUUUUUGAUUUGGUUGCUCUCAAAUCCCUGGCAGCUAAUUCUUCUAGCGAAUCUUUGGAAAUCGAUGCAACGAACUCGUCGAAUAUUCUGGAAGAAAUUCUCGAAUCGAGGAUCGUUUUGCAGCCCCAUGAAACUCGAACCUUCAAAAUAAACUUCAGUCCCAAGAGCCCCGAACAUUUCGAGGCGGAAUAUGCACUAGGAAUUUUGAAUUCCAGGCAACCUUUUCACAGCAUAAAAGCCAAAGGGUCCGGCGUCAUUCCUCGCAUCGACAUGACUCCUUCGAGGAUUUUCAAAAAGGUGAAGCGAUCGAAAAAAAACGAACUGGGAGAUCCAGCUUUUUUCGAAGACGUUCAGACCUUCGAUUUCGGAUGUUUGCUCUGGACUGGAAAAGACGACAAAGUUCAUCGUAAGAAAGCAUCGUUCAAGUUUUGGAACGACUCAAAAAUCAGUUUGGAACUCGAAGCCUCUCUCAUGAUCAGCGACCCCAAGACAUUUGACGUCGAACCUAAGCAAUUGUUUAUCGAGCCCGGCGAGUUUGGAACUGUCGAUGUGACGGCCGGAGUCACAAAACUUGGUCCGAACGAGAAUCGCUUGUUUCUCCUGGUGAAAAACAAUCCUCGAGUGGAAGCCAUUGAAUUACGAAGUAAUGGUACAAAAUUGGACGUAAAAGUGGAAGAGAAGAAUUUGGCUUUCGGUCGUGCCUUGAUGUACAGAGCAGCGAGUAAAAUAUUCAAAAUUCGCAACGAUUCGACGGUUCCAAUAUUUUGGAAAAUCUUGGCACUCGUUCCGGUGGAGAAUCGCAUCAAAUUUGCUCCUUCGCUUGGCUGGACGAAGCCUCGGGCCGAGACUGACGUGAUCUUCACUUUCCUGGCCAACCAGAUCGGUGUCAUGGACAAAAUAACACUGAACUUUGGCGUAUUUCUACACGAAAUGGACGAGUUGAGAGAAGCUCUGUUGACAGAAACGAUAACAGUCACCGGUGAAACUUACGACGUCGCUGUCGACGUCAAUUUUGCGAAUCCCAUUGACAUGGGGAUCGUGAAAGUGGACUCGAUCGUGAGCCGAUCGUUCGAGCUCAGAAAUCGAGGGCAGUACGAUGUCAAGUUCGUGAUCGAACUCGAAGAAGGUGAGAAAUUCACGAACGAACUGAGUCGAGAUGUGAGAAAAAAUAUCACCGAAGAUUUCAAGGUUUCACCGGCCACUGGGAAUUUGGUGCCAGCGAAAACCACCACGAUCAAUGUCACUUUUGACGUGAAAUUCGAAAUGGAUCUGCAACUGUUUCCUGCUUUACGAUGCAAUCUCAUCGACGCUAACAACGGUGCAACGAUCAUUGCAGAAUUUCCCCUAACUUUGUCGAUUACGUCAAAUUAUGCGAGGUUCCAGCUGAUACCAGAUUCCGAAAUAAAUUUCGGUCCGAUCACAAUAUUUGGGAAAAAAACGUUGCAAUUCAGCGUUGAAAAUACAGGCAAAUUUCCUCUUUCUUAUCGAAUAAAAACCGCAAAUUCUCUUGAUUUGGCUUCUGAGAAUUUGAGUGGAAAUCAAAGAGAAAAAUCCUCCAGAGCAGAAUCGACGAAAAGAGGAACCGGAAAAUCCCACGAUCGUUCCUCACACUUGCGGUUAGGACCUUUCACGCUUUCCGAUAUCGAAGGCAGAGUCGAAGUGGGUGAGCUAAGAACGAUGACGAUCGAGUGCCAUCCGGAGCUGGAGGGUUUCCUGCAGGAAAAGAUCGUCGUUUUCGUCGACAACUGUUUGCCUCAGGACAAGUUGGGCAAAAGUCUCGCUUUGAAGGUCGCUUCUUGUGUCCCGAGUAUUGACUUUGGUGACUUUGAUGCAAUAUUUGCCGAAAGUUAUCUCGUCGACGAUCUUCAAGACUUUCAUUCCCCAAACGAAAUCGACACUUACACGGUUUUUUCUCGCAACGAAAAAUGCCUCUACUUCGAGCGUGUCAACAUACACAAAACUUACACGACGAGCAUCAAACUCCAUAAUCGAGGCCUGGUCCCUGCCCGAGUUACAGUUUUCCUUCGUCCCGAUGGUUUUACGCCGAAGAACGCUGAGCCUGACACCUUCGCCGUUGACACUGUUCAGGAAACUAUUUCACCGAUGAGUUCUCGCAUAUUUUCAGUUUCCUUCACCCCGAGCCUCAUCGAGACGUACACGGGGGUUCUGGAAGCCGCGGUUGAAUUGCCGGAGCACCUGAAAACCGAUUCUAGUCAAUUGUCGAUUAAAUUGUGCGGCGAAAGUUGUGUACCGGAAGUGAUAAUGACCGAGCCGGCGUUCGACAAUCGCACGAGAAAGUCGAAGAUUCAUUUCGGUCGUUGUCUCGUCGAUGAAAAAACUUGGAGGACUUUGAGCUUCAAAAACAUCGGGAAAAUCAGCGCAAAAAUAAUCGUUGGAAUUCACGACGACGACGAGAUGAUCUACGCCGUUCGAAACUCCAAGAAUAUUCCGGAUGCGUUCCAAGGCAUCGGAGAUCCUGGAGAAGAUCACCGCAGCAUCAUUUGUGCUCUUCGAUCGGACGAAAGGGUUGAGCUGCUCGUUGAUUUCCGACCGAAAAACGUCGGCCCGAAACGCGCUAAAAUACAGUUCCACGUUAUGGACAAUCCUUACGAGGAUUUGACGCUGGAACUGGAGGGCGAAGGCUUCAUGGAAAAUGUCGUCCUCGAGGGCCUACCGAUCGUCGAAAUUUCGAAACCGGAUGCUCCUCGCGCCGGAAACAGAUCGAAAAAAUCUUUGAAAAAUCGUGGAAUGCUUUCGCGUGGUGGUUCUACGGUGACCUUGGGAUCGCAAACGCUCGUUUCAUCGGCUCUAGUUUACAAUCUCGAUUACAAAACGUGUUUCGUCAACAAAAUGAGUAAAAUGAAUUUCGCGGUCGUCAAUAAAUCCGGAGAGCAGUACUUUCGGUUCGAAUUCUCUUCUCAUCCGAACAUCGUAUUCGUACCGUCGAUCGGGCACCUUCACAGACUCGAAAAAAAGGAAGUUACAGCACAUUUUUUGACGACUGAACCGAUCACUUACAAGGAGACUCCUCUGGAGUGUGCAAUCAACGAGAUUCGCUUCUCGAUGGACCAAAGAGAGCCAAAUUCUUGGGACGAUCGUCGGACGAGCGUGGAGUGGCUCGACGUAGACAACGAGGAGGAAGGACUCGAAGAAAUGUUGGAAGCAAGAACGCAGCAAAAGGUGGUCGUACCUACGAGGGAACCGAGCCACGAAAUCUUGCCCGGAAGUUGGCGAACCAUUCAGCUCGUUUUUUCCGCGACAGCUGCGUACUCCGAAUUCGUAUGUGACGUCGAAGCGAUAAAUUUCAUGGAUACGUUGAUGUUCCAGAAUCGUGAGCACACUUUUACUAUGGAAAAUCCGGGCAACGUCGAUCUCAAGUUUCAAUGGAAAGUCGACAUGGACGCGGGCUACCCGGCACGGUUACCGGAAAUUUCAACUCGUCAACCGAGCUCGAGGAGCCGAAAAAGCAACGACUCACGACCCAGCUCUCGAUCCUCCGGGGGAAUUUUGUACCCGGAAAAUAAAAAGACUCCGUUGGAGCAAAGCAAGAAAUCUUACGUCAUCGACGUCGAGCCCUACGAUUCGCGAUCUCGGACUCAAGACCUCUUCAGCGAUUCGAUCGCUCGGACCCAACGGAGCAUGGCGAGUUGGACAGAGAACGGUGACGAUCAGCCUUUCUGUAUAAAACCGGACGUCGGUUCCAUACCCGCAAGAGAAUCGAUCGAAUUCGCUGUCCGCUUCUCACCCCUCGACGUUUUUGACUACAAAGCUUUCCUCAUCUGCCAGAUCGAGAACUUGAAUCCCAACCUCGAGCGGCCGAAGAUUCUCGCGACGGGGCGAAGCCUGCUGCCUUAUUGUCACUUCGACGUCGAAGAGAGCGACUACUUAACGUCGGGACGUCGGAAGCAAAAUUUGCCGAGUUUGGUGGAGCUCGGUGGCGGAGAUGCGAACGAGUUGAUCGAGGAUUUCUCGAAUCCGCGUGUCGUAGAAUUUCGUGCAGUUGGCACUGGGCAGAGUCACGCCAGAGAGUUUCACCUGAUCAAUCCGACGAGCGAGAAUUAUCGAUUCACUUGGAAAGAUCUUUCGGCUCGUGGGCCGGAGCAGUUGCCCUAUUUUCAGUGCGCUCGGGAAGAAGAUCUCGCAGAAUCGGGGAAGCGAUCGAGAGUGAAAUUUUCAUUCUUCGCCGAAGAAAUCGGGACCUUCGAAGCCUUCUGGCGUUUCUCCAUCGACCGCUACAGCCUCCAAACGCUUUUUCUUCUCGUCGCCAACGUGGCCGAACCGUCCGUUCGCUUCAGCGAAACGAGGGUGAGAAUGAAGCCGACGAUCGUCGGGAUGAGGGUCGACGAUGUUCUGACGAUAGCGAACGACGAAAACGCCCCGUUUUCGUGGAAGAUUCCAGCCAGUGGUCUGCACUCCGAAGGAGGAGCUUUGCAGAAACUUCUCGUGUCGCCAAUGUCCGGAAUUUUGGGAGCUCGAACCAAAGAAAUCGUGCAAAUUUCGCUCCAGCCGAAUUGCGUUGGCGAGUUUGCUUUCCCCCUGCAAUGUCAAGUCAAGGGGAUGAAAAAUCCGCUUUCGAUCCUCGUCACUGCGCGAGUGUCCCAGAUAAGUCCCCGAGUCGUUUACAGCCUCGACGACAAGGGACAGCGAACAUUCGAAGCUCGCAGUGACCGAGACAACGUUUUGGAUUUUGGCAAGCUAACAUUGAACAAAGCCUCCGCAAUGAAGUUCCAAAUUUCUAACGCGAGUGACGUCACCUUCCGUUAUACGUGGAGCCUCGAUCACAGUGACCCCAAAUAUUCCGACACGAAGAAUCGAGCAUACUUCAUCAAGGUGUCCAAAGAAUCUGAUCACGUUUCCAACGUUUACGCUUCGACCUGCCACCUGGAAUUGGUGGCUUUGAAAAAAACGAUUGUGCGUCAACAUCCGGUCACUUUGAAGAUCGACAACGGUCCAAUUUAUCGAAUGCUCCUUAAAGCUUCGUCCAAAACUCCCUCCAUCGAGUUCAGCUUCCACCAGUUCGAUUUUGGAGCCUGCUACGUUCGAGCUGAAAGUUCCCCAGCUUACGUCACUCAACUUUUGCUCAGGAAUAAUGACAGGACUCCAGUGAUCGUCGAGUGCAGCUUUGAAAAUCUGCCCCACUUGAUGCUCGAUCUCCGAUCGAUUGCUCAAGCAAUUCCUGCCAACUCCACUGUCGCUAUUUCCGUCCAUUUCCGUCCUGCGGAGCUGAGGAAUUACCAUGAAAAUAUUUCAUUCAAUAUCAACGAUUCGACUGCUCAAGAAAUUGGGAUAAAGGGCGAAGGGAUUUUCUACAAGUUGAGCCUCGAGGAGAUUCGCGACAAAUUCAUCGAGUUCGGUAACGUUCAAGUUGGAAAAACUGCGACGCGGAAUAUCCGGGUGAAGAAUUCCGGGCGCGCACCGAUCGAGGUGAAGUUCGAUUUUAUUAAAAAGUUGUCGCCGCGCGACGAGAGCGACGGGGAAAAAAAAUGGAGCCAGGAGGGACCGACGAUUGGUUCAAAAGCGAAAAGACUCUCAUCGAAGCCCCAAGAAUUUCGAGAAGUCGGAGAAACGAGUGGAGAAAAGGGGGACUCGAUAUUAGAAAUGUCGAGCAUCGAGCCCAGCCGAAAAGUGCCUCUGGCAGCUGGAAAAAGCCUCGAAAUCGUAGUAAAAUUCGUGCCAACGAAAAGAAUUAAUAAUUUCGUCGAAAAAAUUGGCGCCGAGGCAGAUUCGACGAUUCUGCCAUUAUUUUUCGUUCGUGGAAGCAGCGUCGCCAGGGAAUUCCGACUGGAUCAGAGCGAUUUCUACUUCGGCACCAUCGUCGAAGGUUCCAGCAAAACUUUAAAAGUUGUGCUGCACAACGAUGGCGAUUUCGGCGCCAAAUUCAAAUGGAACGUUUCCCAACUUCCGCCUCAUUUUUCCCUCGAGCCCACUGCCGGUUAUUGCCCGUCCGGGAUGGACAACACUUUCGACCUCAUUUUCCAACCCAAAAAGCUGUCUCCGAUGCUCGAAGCCAAGGCCAGUAUCGAGAUAGAAAAGUAUCCGAGUCUGAGAAUAAAGUGCAGUGGUGCGUGCUGCAAGAUUCCGAAAGCUAUUGACCUUGUGAAAUUCAGCGCGCCUGUGAGAUCGACGCAAACAAAAAAUCUAACGAUUACGAACGACACUGACGUCGGCUGGAGCGUCGAAACGCUCCUGAACGGAGAAUACUUCGAAGCGGAAAAAAGUUUCGUCGUUCCGUCUAAAAGUUCCUACGCUUGCACUCUCACUUAUUCCCCUCUCGUGAUGAACACGAAUAAAAAUCCCCACGAAGGAAGAAUUAUCUUCAAAUUGCCUGAAGAGAGACCCCCGCUCGUCUACGCUCUUCACGGUUCAAGUUCACCGCCUCAAGCUGAGGCUAAAAUUUCACGACAGUUACCAGCGAAGACGAAAUAUGCGGAAUUAUUGCCAGUGAAAAAUUGGCUAAAUAAGUCACAAUCUUUCCAUUGUGGCAUCGAAUUAAUGAAAGAUUCAAAGUUUGGACGUAAAGUUUUGGACGUUUUGUACCCGAAGAACGACGCAGCGCACUACAGUUUUACUGGAAAUCUGCGAAUGGAUUUACCGGCGAAUGGAACGAGAGACUAUCGUGCGAUGUUCCAUUGCUACAAUGAAACAACUUUGAAUUUUCGUGUUACAUUUACGAACGAUGAUGGUGAAUACGAAUUUUACGAGAUUCAAUACAAAAUCACGAAACCCGAUAUAUUAUCGACUAUUAAAUUAACAACUCCAGCAAGAACGACGACUUCGUAUUAUCUGGCGAUCGAAAAUCCUUUGAACGAUCAGCGUGUCAGUUUUACAGCGACGUGUCAAAACCGUGACAUCACGAUUCGUAACGUACCGAAAGUCGUGGCUGCCAAGUCAAAUGACAAAAUACUUAUCGAAUACUCUCCACUCAUGCCUGGAGAAGGUGUUGCAAAAUUGGAUGUAAAUAGCUCGGAAUUAGGAAAUUUUCCGUACGAAUUAAAACUCAAAGCAACGGUUCCACCACCAGAAAAAGUUAUCCACGUUACAGCCAUGCUAGGCUCAUCCACGAAUUUUCCAAUUACUAUCAAUAAUAUCAGCAAAAAAAAUGCAGAAUUUAAAAUAACGGUCGAUGACGUAUCAUUCACCUGCAAAGAAAGCAUCUCCGCUGCCCCUCAGAAAAACGCAAUUUUGGAGGUUACAUACGAGCCUUGCGAUGCCCGAAACGUGAACGCUACAUUGCGAGCGACUUCAGAAUCGCUUGGAGAAAUUUGUUUCCCUCUCAUUGGCUCGUACACUCUCCCAAAACCCCAGGGGCCUUUCGCAAUAUCCCGAAACUCAUCGAUAGAUAUACUCUUCAGGAAUGUGUCUGACAAAACGAAAACUUUUACGUACGUUAUCGAAGGAUCCGACGAAUUCACAAUCGCGGCGGCUUCAAAUAGCAUCAAGCCCAAAGAGGUUAGUGCAACAUUCGUCCCGCGCAACUUAGAAAAAAACGAUGACGAAAUUACUCUCAAUCGUAUAUUUCAGACCACAGUAAUCACCGUUAAAUUCAACGGUCCCAAUGAUUUUCUGGAAGAAAAAAAAUACCCAACCACAGGAAAACUCGUUGUUUCAUCUGUAGAACCGUUUUCAUCCCCAAUUUCUUGGGUUUAUUAUUUAAGAGGAAGUGAAUAG